UAUAUAUAGGAGAGAGUCAAGAAAAGAGUUCCAACCAUAAAAAUUUCAACAGUUGUUAAGUUACAAGUCUCUUCAAAAACACACACACACGUCUCUCUUCACAGCCAAUCAUCGAUCACAGCUCGAUUUUCUUUAUUGUUCCGUUGGUUUUCUUGAGAAGUUUCUUUCUUGGUAUCAUCAAACUCGUCGGUAAAGAAACUUCACGCACGUAUCUUCAAUGUUGAGCUGUUCUAAUGGUACCGUCGUGAUCGCAACCGCCAUGGUUUGCUCAAGCACCGCUCUGUUUCUCGCCAUGGCUCGUCAAUUCCAUGGAAACCAUCAAACCUCUAAGGUUCUUGAUCAGACUCCACGACCCAUUCUCCGUUCUUGUUUAUCUUCAGAGAAAACGAGGAAACAGAGGAAGAGGAUAAAGAAAGUGCGGUUCGCGGAUAAUGUGAAAGACACGGAAGGGAACGGGAAAGAAUACCGGAGGAGGGAAUUGAACCGGAGAAGCGUACCGGAGCCAGUGACUAAACCGGGGAAGACCGGUUCUAUGUGUAGAAUCUCUACCAUGCCAGCGAACCGGAUGGCUCUGUACAAUGGGAUUCUCAGAGACCGAGAUCACAGAGUUCAAUGUUCUUAUUGACUAUUUCUUCUUGAUUAAUAAGAAGUCAAUAGAUUUAGGUUUGUAAAUUUUUCCUUUUGUUUUCCGGUAAUAUUUUAGACUUUUUCUUGAAAAAUUCAGAAAUUGUAGUUGGUGGUCAUUUUUUUUUUCUGUCAACAGUUGGUGGUCUUCUUUCUCUCCUUUUUUUUUGUGUCUCAUAGUAGUAGGUGGUUUUCUUAUGCUCUAUCUACUUGUUUUAAAUCAGUGACGAUGUGUUUGUCCAAAAAAAAUAAUAAAUCAAGUGACGAUGUAAAUAAUUGACAUGUGUAGUCAUUAGAAAUUUGAAAAGGCAAAUAAAAGAAUAUAAUUUUGUAAAAA